AUGUUGGAGGCGCAGGAUGGUAGCCAUGACUGCGAGCACCAGAUCCGCAGCCAGAGCCGAGCUCGCUCUGCCAGGCAUAUGCUGGAGGUGCGUCCGGGGCUGUUCUUGGGUGGAGCCGCGGCCGUCGCGGAGCCAGACCACCUGAGGGAGGCGGGCGUCACGGCAGUGCUGACGGUGGACUCGGAGGAGCCUGACUUCCAAACGGGGACUGGGGUCGAGGGUCUACGGAGUCUCUUCGUGCGAGCGCUGGACAAACCCGAGACCGACCUGCUCAGUCAUCUGGACCGCUGUGUGGCCUUCAUUGUCCAGGCUCGCGCCGAGGGCCGCGCGGUUCUGGUGCACUGUCAUGCAGGGGUCAGUCGAAGUGUAACUGUAAUAACCGCUUUUAUGAUGAAGACUGACCAGCUUACCUUUGAAAAAGCCUAUGAAAACCUUAAGACUGUCAAGCCAGAGGCCAAGAUGAAUGAGGGGUUUGAGUGGCAACUGAAAUUAUACCAGGCAAUGGGCUGUGAAGUAGAUACCUCCAGUGCAGUUUAUAAACAAUAUCGUUUACAAAAGGUUACAGAGAAGUAUCCAGAAUUGCAGAACUUACCUCAAGAACUCUUUGCUGUUGACCCAUCUGCCAUUUCACAAGGAUUGAAAGUUGGAGGUCUCUACAAAUGUAGAAAGUGCAGGCGAUCUUUAUUUAGAAGCUCUAGCAUUUUGGAUCAUAAUGAAGGAAGUGGUCCUAUAGCCUUUGCCCACAAGAGGAUGACACCAUCUCCCAUGCUCUCCACAGGGAGUCAGGCUCAAUGUACAUCUUAUUUCAUUGAACCUGUACAGUGGAUGGAAUCCACUUUGUUGGGAGUGAUGGAUGGACAGCUUCUCUGCCCCAAAUGCAAUGCCAAGUUGGGUUCUUUCAACUGGUAUGGUGAACAGUGCUCAUGUGGUAGAUGGAUAACACCUGCUUUUCAAAUACAUAAAAACAGAGUGGAUGAAAUGAAAAUGCUGCCAGUUUUGGGAUCACAAACAAGAAAAAUAUGA